UCAACUUGCCUACCUGGUUAAAUAAAGGUGAAAUAAAAAAAUAAAAAGCCACUUACAUGUGACUUAACAGUAGGUGUGAACUGCACUGACAAACAUGGUCAUUGUGUGACUAUAUAUUCAGAGUGUAAGGUUUCUGCUCUUUCUCUCCCCUCUCUUUCUCACUCUCUCCGCCAUCCUCCCAGGUACCCCUAGAAAGAGGCCUUAGGAUUCCCACAGCACGGCCUACGUUAAAAUGCUGCUCUCCUUCGUGUACAGGACAACUGAUGGGACAGAGCGAGGAAAGUACUUGGCUUUGGACCUGGGAGGAACUAACUUCCGGGUGCUGGUGGUGAAGAUCCGGAGUGGAAUAAGCAAGUCUGUUCGCGUGUACAACAAGAUCUACGCCAUCCCUCUGGAGAUCAUGCAGGGCACAGGAGAGGUGUUCAACCAGAUUGUCCAGUGCAUCUCAGAUUUUCUGGACAACAUGGGGAUGAAGAAUACUCGCCUCCCGCUUGGUUUCACCUUCUCCUUCCUCUGCAGACAGACAGGAAUCGAUAAGGGAAGUUUGGUUAGCUGGACCACAGACUGUGAAGGAAGUGAUGUGGUGGAAAUGCUGCAAGAAGCUUAUAAGAACAAGGAAUGUAAGUGA